AUGUUAGUGUCUCAGCAGGGCUGCUCCCCUGCUGAGCUUGCUCUCCAGCCGCUCCCCUGCCACCUCCCGAGCUCCUUGCCAUGCUGCAACCACCAAGGUUGGUCUGUUCCCUCCAUAGAGGUCGUGAGGACCAAGUGUGGCCUCAGCAAGCUCUGCCCAGACAACUUCUUUGCUUUUAAAAUCAGCAGUGGAGCCGCUAACAUCGUGGGUCCCACCAUGUGCUUCGAAAACCUUGUGAUCAUGAGUCCUGUGAAAAACAACGUGGGCAGAGGCCUGAACUUUGCCCUGGUGAAUGGAACCACAGGAGUGGUGCUGACACAGAAAUGUUUCGACAUGUACUCUGGAGAUGUUACUCUCCUGGUAAAGUUCCUUAAAGAAAUCCCAGAGGGCACACUGGUGCUAGUGGCCUCCUAUGAUGACUCAGGAACCAAAAUGAAUGAUGAGACCAGGAAGCUCCUCACCAACUUGGGCAAUUCCUAUGCAAAGCAGCUGGGAUUCAGAGAUAGCUGGUUCUUGUUAGGGGACAAAGACCUCAGGGAUAAAAGCCCUUUUGAGCAGUUCUUAAAGAACAACCCAGACACAAACAAAUAGGAGGACUGGCCAGAGCUGCUGGAGCUGGAGGGCUGUGUUCCCCAGAAGGUAUCUUAGGGCAGCUGCAGGACUGAAGAAGCCCCCUCGCUGUUCUAGAGUCAGCACCAGCUGCGGCUGCAAGAAGGAAACCAGGUGGCCUGUGGAAA